CGAGCCGACCCCCCCCCCCUUCCCCCCUCCCCGCUCGGUCCGGGGGCCGCGAUAUUUCCCUGGUGCAUGAAGGCUGUGAACCAGAUUGAGUCAUGGCAGGAGGGAGAGAGUGAGAGUACGGUAAGAACUGCACUCAAACCUGCAGCCUGCAGCUGAAGAUGAAAGAAGAGCUGGAGGACUGUAGCCAUUGGCAGGCCCAUUGACUCCCGUUCCCGGUGAAACGCCGGCAGUCCUGGGAUGGCGCAGGGCAGUCAGCAGCUGGACUAUCAGAUCCUGCUCGACCUCAAGCAGCGCUUCCCCGAGAUCCCGGAGGGGGUGGUCUCUCAGUGCAUGCUGCAGAACAACAACAAUCUGGAGGCCUGCUGCCGGGUCCUGUCGCAGGAGAGCAGCAAGUACCUCUAUGGGGAAUACCACAGCCCGGAGGAGGGCAGGCUGAGCAGGAACCACAUGCUGCACAUCAACCUGGGCAUCCACUCCCCCACGGGGUACCACACGGGGGACGGGGGCAAGGCCAACGGCGGGGGGCGGACGCUGGUGCACAGCUCCAGCGAUGGCCACAUCGACCCGCAGCGUGCUGGAGCCGCGGCGGGAGGAGGGGGCGCUGGGGGGGCCACGCAGCACCAGAUGGUGUCCCUGCUCCAGGAGACCCACUCCGCCCCUGCCAUCGUGGCCCCCUCGCCCGGUUACAACCCCUUCUUCGUGAACGACCAGGCACGCACAGCGGGCACGCCUCCCCCCGGGCCCCCGGCCCUGCAGGGUCUCUCUCCCACCCUGACCCCGGUCGCCCGGUACGCCCUGAACCCGAUCACCGUCACCCUGUCCCAGAGCAUCCCCUCGGCUCCGCGCGCCUUGCAGAUCCCCGGCUGCCCCUACCCCGCCGCGGGCAAUGCGGUUUACAUCCGGCCCGCCUCCUCCCAGAGCCCACAGGGCUCCCCCUGGCACUCCCCCACGGCGCAGUGCCACAUGCAGCCCUACAGCCAGCAGCCGCCCCACGCAAUGCCCGUCUAUCAGGCGCCUCCCUACCAGUCUCCGUACCCCUCCAAGCAGAUGCCCCAGACGGCUUACCGCUCCCCUCCCCCCUCUCAGUUCCCUUCGCCUUACAGCUCCCCCCAGCACCAGACCUCCCACGUCUUCAUGCCCAUCAGUCCUCCUACAAUGUCACCCCUUCCGUACCACCCCCAGCAGCAGCAGCAGAGCUUCCAGCAGCAGCAGCAAGGCCAGCCCGUCUCCUACAUCCCCUACCUGUCAGCCAAGGGCUCUCUCAAGAAUCAGAUCGAGAUCACCCUGGAGGCACCCCAGAGAGCUCACAAUCGGAGCUCCUCUCCCGUGACCAGCCAGCAGCAGCAGCAGAGGGGGCAGAACACGCUGUACAUCUCGACCAACGCUUCUCCGAGCUCUCCCUCGCGGGGCUUGGCCAGCGGCCAGAUGAGCAUGUCCGGCCAGUCCCAGGUGGCGUCCUACCACCCCGGCAUGUUCAUUCACCAGGUCCCCCCCCGCCCGCGGCCCACCUCGUCCCCCCAGCCCGGAGGUGGGGGCGGGGUCCGGGUCACCCAGCCCGGGAACUCCACCUACACCUUCAAGAUCAAGGUGUCGCCCGGCAGGCAGGUCCAGCCGCGGCAUCUCGAGUCGCCCACGGUGGAGGCGGAGAGCCUCCUGAACCUCGUGGAGCACGGGGAGCACCCGGGCGCCCCGCAGCCGAUCCAGCCCAUCUCCGCCCUGCCCGGCGCCAUCGGCGCCCACGCCGCCAGCCGCUUCCCCAGGAAGUCCAGCUCCGGCUCGGACGACUACGCCUACACUCAAGCUCUGCUCCUCCACCAGCGGGCGCGCAUGGAGAGGCUGGCGAAGGAGCUGCACCUGGAGAAGCAGAAGCUGGAGAAGCUCAAGGCCGACGUCAACGACAUGGAGUACGAUGCCCUCCGGCGGCGCUUCCGCCGGGUCAACGCCUCCGCCCUCAUUCCGCGGCCUGAGGAAAUGACAAGACUAAGAAGCCUGAACCGACAACUUCAGAUUGACAUUGACUGUACCUUAAAAGAAAUAGAUCUCCUUCAGUCAAGAGGGAAGUUUGAUCCCAAAGCCAUGAGCAACUUCUAUGACAACAUACAGCCUGGCCCUGUGGUGCCCCCCAAGCCAACAAAGAAAGAGGGAGGGUCAAGCGCCAAGACUUCCUCCGGGGCGCCGCCUAGGGACGAGGAUUUUGAAGGAGCUCAGUGGAACUGCGAAAGCUGCACUUUCCUCAACCACCCAGCGCUGAACCGCUGCGAGCAGUGCGAGAUGCCGCGGUACACCUGAGCAGCAGCAGCAGCAGGUCGGCCAGCCCCGGAAAAACCGCCCCAUCCGCCACCCCCAUCCCGUCAUUUCGGAGGAGUGCAGGAAGGGCCCGCAGAGGCCAGCCUCA